AUGUGCUUUAACUGAUGCAACUCUCGAGAAAAGAAAGAGAAUAACAAAAACACAAGCGAAAUGAGUAUCUGCACAACAUGCAACCGAACUUUUGGCAGCAUAGCAGCGCUCCAACAGCACGAAAAAACGUCAUUGAAACAUGAGGGAACAGUUCGCUGCGCCGACUGUAAUCGUUCCUUCCGCACCGAGAAUGCUUUCAAACAGCAUCUCGCGGACUCUCCUGCCCAUCGACAGUCCUCAGCUAGUGCCAUUGCACCUUCACCUACACCUGUUCCCGUUUCCAUUCCCGACAUAUCAUCACUAUCGAUAACUUCUCGUCCCAAGUCCUCGAAAAAGUCAAGUCAACAAAACCGCACAGGGUCACAGAAAACCAGCAUCGUGAUUCCGAUCCAAGAUGUACAGAGGAAAGUACCAAGCGACAAAGCUCGUGACGGUACUCUAUCUAAAAGUCCGAAAGUACCCAUUCCAAAGGAGACAAAGCCUAAACAAACCUUCUAUUCGUAUCCAGAGCUACACCAGAGUGUUGCGGAGGCCGUCGCACCAGACAUAUCCUCGACAUGGUUCAACGAAAACCACAGAGACAGAGCCUUCAACAAUGAAUACGCAACCUGUGUCAAGGGCAGGUUCGUCUGCGACAACAAGGCCUGUAGAAAGCACUCAUGGGGUAGUGCGGUUGUGGCAAUUCUCAUCAGAGGAUAUUCUCGGAAUGGUUACAACGUCGUCGUCUUCAGUCAGCGCUGCAAAGCUUGUGACCACCUAGGAGAUCUCACUCUGGACAAAGAAACGUACGUAGCGCGGGUGGCAUAUAGACUCAAAAGGUGGGCUGGCGUGAUGGUGGAACCGCCACCUUUUGAUAAUAAGACAACUCCGGAACACGAGGAGAAGUUUUGUGAGGGCUGUAAGAUGGGAAUAUGUCGACGUGCGGUCGGCGUUAGGUCAUAUUAGACGCACAGCGCCCGAUUUGAGGCCGGUUCUAGGUACCUAUCCACGAGCUUUAUGCUUGAACAAUAGCCUAGUACCACCACAACUCGGAUAUCAUGCUUGACCAGCUCAUUUGCAAUGUAACCCGCACUUGAUCAAUCCGAGACAAGCCGUCAUACACGUGCAAGGCAUCGGACCCUCUCUAUCAUGCUGCAGUAUGUUCGUGACAGACUUACGCACAAGUGCCA